AUGGAAUCUUUGGUCAUCCAGGGGAAGACGGCUUCUCUGUCAGGCCAGACCUCUGAGAGAUGCCGGGAGUUCUGGGAUGGAGUGGAUUUCACUCCUUGCUUUCGUGACAGGCAAGCCUUUACAUGGUACCUUCAAAACUUCCCCCUCGUCUUGACCGCUCUCGCAGCUGUGAUCACCAGCUUAUACUACAUUUCUAAAUGGAUCAAAUCUCGAGAUCGGUCUCGAUCACGCUUGAGUCCUUCUCAGCUCAUUUCCCCAACGGCAGAUUCGGAUCUGGCUCAAUUGGAAUCGGAAGUCAUCGUAUCUUCCGUUGCCGUCAGCCUCUUGCCUGCUCCGAAAGGCAAGAAGGAACUACCCAAACCCUUGUCGCCAGAGGACGCACUCAACGUCAUAAGAGACUUCAAAAGGGAGUCAAGAGAAUCAAGGCGAUGGCAGGCGAUUAGAUAUUGGAUAAGGGUGAUUGGAGGCUUCGUUUGGGUGGGGCUCGAAGUCGCCAGAUAUGUCCAAUCCAGAGAAUGGAGGGAUCUGGUCUUUCCAACGUUCACCCUUGUUCUCGCUCUCAUUCCUCGCUCACCGCUUACCUACUUUCUCUCCGCUCACAUCAUCCCGUCCCUCCUGCUUCUCCGUAGUGCAGUCAUCCGAUCCCAUACUAGGCCUUUGGAUCUAGCCCCGCCGAUCUUUGAAGCUGUUUACUGGUGUCUGAUGAUCUCUAUACCAUACUACGAAGGUCUGGAAAAUGUACUGGAAGGAGGGAGAUCGAAAGGCGGAGGAUCUCUCGGAAGCUACGGCGCAAAGCUUCCAAGACAUAUCGAGGAGCCUACUUCGUCGUUCAGUCGAGCAGCUUACAUGUUCAUGUUGCCCUUGUUGUUCAAACAUUAUCGACACGUUAUCAGAUUGGAAGACGUUCCUGCAUUGCGAGAAGAUGACAGCUCCGCCACGGCCCUCGCAGCGUUCAGGAAAGAUCAAGCUGCUAGAGAUGCCAAGUAUGCCAAAAAGCACAAUGGAGCAAAGAGGCAGAGGGAUCUCGCAUGGGACUUGCUUCGCUUCUUUGGCGUCGACACGUUCAUCCAAUGUCUCUGGUCCUGCUUCUUCAUCUGCCUGCAAUAUCUCCCUCCUGUCGCUCUGCGACUUCUUCUCAAAUUCUUCACCGAACGCGAGAGCCGACCUUGGAUUCCUAAUCACGUCGCGUUUCUUUACGUUGCCAUGAUGGCAGGGGAACAAUGUCUUGGUGUUGUCGCGUAUGGCCAAGCCCUUUACCUCGGUCGACGAAGGUGCAUCCGCUUGAGGGCUAUUCUCAUCGCCGAAGUCUUCGCCAAAGCUCUCCGACGACAAGAUAUGAGCGGGUCAGUCAAGUCGUCCGCGAAAGAAGGCUCAGAAAAGGACACAACGGAAUCCACUGCAUCAGCCACCGACGGCAAAAUUGCGAAUCUUGUGUCUUAUGAUGCCUUUCAGACAACGGAGAUAUGUGCCUACCUUUACUAUUUGGUGUCCUGCCCGCUCGCCAUUAUCAUCAACUCGAUCCUCCUCUACAGCACCCUGGGGGUUGCCGCGUUUGCAGGUAUGGGAGUUCUGGUCCUUAUGAUACCAAUUCAGGCAGUCGUCGGCAAACUUUUUACGGUCGUCCAAAAACGAUUUAUGGCCGCUGUAGAUCUCAGACUCGAGGCGGUCACUGAAGUGAUCGCGCACAUCAAGCUCAUCAAAUUCAACGCUUGGGAGACGAAAUUCUUCGACAGAAUGUCAACUACUCGGACGAAGGAACUAUACUAUCUGGCCCAACGUUUCGGAGUCUCGUGCUUGUCGAACGUCCUCGUCUGGGGUACCCCCGUCCUCGUCACUGCGAGCGCUUUCGCCGUCCACUCGUUGGUUCUCAAGCAGCCUCUCACGGCUGAUCGAGCAUUCGCCUCGCUGGUUCUCUUCAAUAUGCUUCGCGAUCCAAUGGGACUGUUCCAGGAGACCCUGCUUCGAUUGAUCCAGGCGUACACUUCAUGUCAGCGUAUUCAGGAAUUUCUUGACGAGCCGGAAACUCUCAAGUAUCAACAGUUGUCCGAGCCUGGUCCUGAUGAUCCCAAGGUCGGGUUCACGAACGCCACUUUUGGCUAUUCUGAGUCUAGCAAUGGGCAGCCUGCAGAGCAUGAACCUUUCAAGCUUGGUCCGUUGAAUCUUGAUUUCCUACAAGGCACUCUCAGCAUAAUCAUUGGGCCUGUUGGAUCAGGCAAGACCACACUCAUCACCUCGUUGCUCGGCGAGACUCGUCUGUUGGCAGGUAAAGUGUUCAUGACGAAUGAUCAUGCGAACCGAGAUAUAUGCCCAGUUGACCCGGAGACCGGCUUGUCAAACACGGUCGCGUACUGUGCUCAAACUCCUUGGUUGCUAGGAGCCACGAUCCGAGAUAACAUUGUGUUUGGCUCGACAUGGAACAGUAAUCGGUACCAGCAGGUUCUCGACGCGUGUGCAUUGAGGCGGGACUUGGAAAUAUUCGAUCUUGGCGAUGAGACGGAAGUCGGGGAGAAGGGAACGACGUGCUCAGGUGGACAGAAAGCCCGAAUAGCUCUAGCUAGAGCACUGUAUUCACCUGCCAAGACGAUCCUCCUUGACGACGUGUUGUCCGCUGUGGACGCUCAAACCGCUCAACAUAUCCACGUACACUGUCUACAAGGACCCCUGAUGCGCGGUCGAACAUGUCUCAUGGUCACUCACGCCGUGAGUCUGGUAGCGCCGACAGCUGGAUUCGUAGUUAUGCUUGAAGAUGGUCGAGUCGCCCAUGCCGGUACGCCGGCCAAGCUCGAGGCUGCCGGAGUCUUGGAAAUCAUCUCGGACGACGCGGACCAUACUUCAGGCUCUCAAACCACAUCAAGUAGCGAGCAAGCUUCAGACGAGGAGCCUACUGCUGGAUCUUCAACGCUGGUAUCUGAGGAUCCCAUCGAUAUCAUUGAGGAAAACCUAGAUGGUGUCGAAGGGGAUGCACUAGAGACUGCAAAGCAAGUGGAAGCGGAUAAGGCAGCACCGGCAGUUAUCAAGCUGGACAAGCAGUUGGUACAAGCAGAGACUUCACAGAGUGGUGUCGUUGGCGCCGCAACAUACGGCUUGUAUUUCAAGUAUCAAGGCAAGAUAAUCUUUUGGAUCCUUCUGGGAUCUGCCAAUAUCGGAUCGCAAAUGUUGCAGGUCUCCACCAAUACAUGGAUCAAGAACUGGGCGAACUCGAACGAUAAGAAGGCAAGCAUGUUGAGUAACUUGUUGGUGUCAAAGGAGCCGAAAUCGACAGAGUAUUAUCUCGGAAUCUACUGUGCCAUAGCCGGUGCUUAUCUUUUGACACUUGUCGCGAGGAUGGGUAUCGGCUAUUGGGGUUCUUUACGGGCGUCGCGAAAAUUGUACAGCAAGUUGCUGAAGCGGAUUCUUGGGGCGAAGAUGAGAUUCUUUGAUUCGACACCUUCGGGCCGUAUCAUGAAUCGACUCAGUAAAGACGUCUCCUCGAUUGAUACCGAGGCGUCAGAAAUCCUGCAGUACUUCGCCAAUUGUGUCCUGGCCGUCAUUGCUGUACUUGCCGUGGUCGUAUUUUCUACUCCGAAAUUCAUUUUCGCCCUCAUCGCCAUCAGUAUCAUGUACUGGACUGUCGGGGUACUUUAUGUGACCACGAAUAGAGAGAUCAAGCGUCAUGAUAGUGUAACUCGAUCGCCUCUCUUCAUCAGCUUCUCCGAAGCGCUGGUUGGCAUGUCUACCAUUCGAUCCUACGGAGACUCUCCUCGAUUCCUGCGCAAACUUUUCAACGAGCUUGAUCAAAAUAACCGGUGCUUCUGGUAUUUGUGGCAGGCCAAUCGUGUUCUCAAUAACUUUAGCAAUUUUGUCGGGUCUCUGGUGACUCUCUUUGCGUGUAUCUUUGCUCUGCAGUCGACCAUGGAUGCUGGAGCUGUCGGUUUGUCCAUCACCUAUGCUUUGUCUUUCACCGACUUUGUCCUCUGGGUCGUUCGAUUGUAUGCGGCCGCUGAGAUGACGAUGAACAGCGUGGAGCGAGUCGCAGAAUAUCUGCAGCUCGAUGUCGAAGAGGAGGAUCACGAUCGGGGUCGAGAUCCCCCAGCAUACUGGCCGACUGUAGACGGCUCUGUGGAGGUCAAGAAUUUGACCUGCCGAUAUGCUCCUCAACUUGACCCGGUACUGAGGAACGUCUCUUUCACUAUUCAACCUAAAGAGAAGAUUGGUAUUUGUGGUCGUACAGGAAGCGGGAAGAGUACGCUGGCCUUGUCAUUCUUCCGAUUUUUGCACCAAGAAUCGGGCUCCAUCUUCAUCGAUGGGAUCGACAUAGGAAAACUGAACCUUGAGUCGCUACGAUCGCGACUGACCAUUCUGCCGCAGGAGGCUCAACUAUUCUCUGGCACCAUCCGCGAUAAUCUGGAUCCAUUCGACCAGCACGAAGAUGCUGAAGUCUGGGACGUGUUGCGACAAGUCGGUCUCAGUGGUCGAACACCGUUCACCUCACGCCAUGGUAGUCGGGCGGGCUCUUCGGUCGAUUUGAAAUCCCAUUCAGCCAAGGUGCCGAAGGAUGAUCUGCGGACAAAGACGCUCAAAUCGAAUCAUGAGGAUACUACCAAGACGCGUGUUAUGGCUGCAGAGGCAGACUCUGACGAGGAAGUAGAGGAGAGAGUGGUCAUUCGAAGUCUGGAUGAGAAAGUCGCGGUGGGGGGCAAGAAUUUCAGUCAAGGACAGCGACAGCUACUCGCUAUGGCUCGGGGACUGCUAAAACUUCGAACGUCCAAUUUCCUCAUCAUGGACGAAAGUACUGCCAAUCUCGAUCACGCGACGGACAUGACGAUUCAGAACGUCUUGAGGACCAGUCUGGCAGAUACGCAGAUGCUUGUGAUUGCACAUAGACUGAUGACCGUCUGCGGACUGGACAAGAUCUUAGUGCUGGAUCAAGGACAGGUUGUCGAGUACGGAACACCUUGGGAACUCAUGCAGAAGGAGCACGGAACAUUUAGGGAUCUAUGCAGACAGAGCGGAGAAGAAGCUCAGCUCAUUGAGGUAGGUCAUCCAGGCGAUGGAAAAGAAGACGUUCCUGAUUUGUGCUAG